GCUGCAGAAACAUCUAAGGCUGUGGACUACCACUCCCGUGAAGUAGCGCGGAAUUCCACCGCGUUCGCGGCGUCUUCGAACGCGCCGCGGCAGCCAUGUUGGACGCGGCCAGCACAGGGGCCGGCACCAGGGGGUUAUCGAAGCAGCUGUCACGAUGCUGGGGUCCCUGGUGUUGAGAACAGCGCCGGCGCCCCGGCUCCUCCUCCAGCUGCUUAGGUCCCCAUCGCUGCGGAGAAAUGGAAGUGCCUCCGGCCAGACUGUAACCACCGCGGGCCGCGGGGAGCCGCAAUGGCUGAGGGCGGCCGUCGGGGGGCGCCCUGCAACAUCGCCGGCUUUCCUCACCCGAGGAGGGGCAGCCACCUGGGGGCGUCAGGGAGAACGCACCGAGACCCAGUGCUUCCUAGCCACAACAUGGGGACGCCUUCCUAGCCCAGAAGAAACACUCCCGGGACAGGACAGCUGGAACGGGGUCCCCAACAAGGCUGGACUGAGCAUGUGGGCCCUGGCCACGGCGCUAGUGGUUCACUGUUACAGCAAGAGCCCGUCCAACAAGGAUGCAGCCCUGAUGGAAGCUGCUCGCACCAACAAUGUCCAAGAAGUCAGCAGGCUCUUGUCAGAAGGUGCAGAUGUCAAUGCAAGGCACAGACUUGGGUGGACAGCACUCAUGGUGGCAGCCAUCAGCCGAAACGACAGUGUGGUGCAGGUCCUCCUUGCUGCUGGUGCUGACCCAAACCUCGGGGAUGAUUUCAGCAGUGUUUACAAGACUGCCAAGGAGCAGGGAAUCCAUUCUUUGGAAGAUGGGGGACAGGACGGUGCAAGCUGGCGCAUCACAAACCAGUGGACAAGUGCCCUGGAGUUCAGGAGAUGGCUAGGAGUUCCCACUGGCGUCCUGGUCACCCGAGAGGAUGACUUCAACAACCGGCUGAACAACCGCGCCAGCUUCAAGGGCUGCACAGCCCUGCACUACGCCGUCCUUGCGGAUGACUACCGCACAGUCAAGGAGCUGCUUGAUGGAGGAGCCAACCCCCUUCAGAGGAAUGAAAUGGGACACACACCUUUGGAUUAUGCCCGAGAAGGGGAGGUGAUGAAGCUUCUAAGGACUUCGGAGGCAAAGUACCAGGAGAAGCAGCGGAAGCGUGAGGCCGAGGAGCGGCGCCGCUUUCCCCUGGAGCAACGGCUGAAAGAGCACAUCAUUGGCCAGGAGAAUGCCAUCGCCACAGUGGGUGCUGCGAUCCGGAGGAAGGAGAAUGGCUGGUACGAUGAAGAACACCCUCUGGUCUUCCUCUUUUUGGGAUCAUCUGGAAUAGGAAAGACAGAGCUGGCCAAGCAAACAGCCAAAUAUAUGCACAAAGAUGCCAAAAAGGGCUUCAUCAGGCUGGACAUGUCUGAGUUCCAGGAGCGGCAUGAGGUGGCCAAGUUUAUCGGGUCCCCACCAGGCUACAUUGGCCACGAAGAAGGUGGCCAGCUGACCAAAAAGCUGAAACAGUGUCCAAAUGCUGUGGUGCUCUUCGAUGAAGUGGACAAGGCCCAUCCAGAUGUGCUUACUAUCAUGCUGCAGCUGUUUGAUGAGGGCCGGCUGACGGAUGGAAAAGGGAAGACCAUCGACUGCAAGGAUGCCAUCUUCAUCAUGACCUCCAAUGUGGCCAGUGAUGAGAUCGCACAGCAUGCCUUGCAGCUGCGGCAGGAGGCUUUGGAGAUGAGCCAUAACCGUCUUGCUGAAAACCUUGGGGAUGUCCAGAUUAAUGACAAGAUUACCAUCUCAAAGAACUUCAAGGAGAAUGUGAUUCGCCCCAUCCUGAAAGCUCACUUCCGGAGGGAUGAGUUUCUGGGACGAAUCAAUGAGAUUGUCUAUUUCCUCCCCUUCUGCCACUCGGAGCUCAUCCAACUUGUCAACAAGGAACUGAACUUCUGGGCCAAGAGAGCCAAGCAGAGGCACAAUAUCACGCUGCUCUGGGACCGCGAGGUGGCAGACGUGUUGGUCGACGGCUACAAUGUGCACUAUGGCGCCCGCUCCAUCAAGCAUGAGGUAGAACGCCGUGUGGUGAACCAGCUGGCAGCCGCCUAUGAACAGGAUCUGCUGCCAGGGGGCUGUACUCUGCGUAUCACUGUGGAGGACUCAGACAAGCAGCUGCUCAAGAGCCCUGAACUGCCCUCACCUCAGGCUGAGAAGCGUCCACCCAAGCUGCGGCUGGAGAUCAUCGACAAGGACAGCAAGACCCACAAACUGGACAUCCGGGCACCGCUACACCCUGAGAAGAUGUGCCACAGCCUCUAGCUUCUACCUACCUACCUAUACAUGCCCUCAACAUCCAAUAAAGGCCCCUCGGCUGUGGCAUGGCAA